AUGAGUCGUGGAGGAAGUGCAGCUGUUGCAAAGGGAAAGAAGAAGGGGGUUUCCUUCACCAUCGAUUGUUCCAAGCCUGUCGAUGACAAGAUCAUGGAGAUUGCUUCCCUCGAGAAGUUUCUUCAGGAGAGGAUCAAAGUCGGCGGCAAAGCUGGUGCACUCGGCGAUUCGGUUAAAAUCACCCGUGACAAGAACAAGAUCACUGUCACUUCUGAUGGCCACUUCUCUAAAAGGUAUCUCAAGUAUUUGACAAAGAAGUACUUGAAGAAGCACAAUGUGAGGGAUUGGCUCAGAGUGAUUGCAGCCAACAAGGANCGUAACCUCUACGAGUUGAGGUACUUCAACAUCGCUGAGAACGAGGGAGAGGAAGAAGACUAA